GUUUGACAUCAAACAAAGCAUAGAAAACGACGAAAACUUUAGAUUUUGAUUUGUGGUAUUAAAAGUGUAAUAUUUGUAAUGAAGGUAUUUGCUUGCGUUUUGGCUUUGGCGGUGGCUUCUGCCCACGCCGGACUCCUGCCCCAUAUUGGUGAUGGUCACAUUGUAGAUCACGGUGUUGUACAUCAUGGUGCUGAUUUAUUCCAUGGCGACCUUCAUCACAAUGAUGGUAUUCAGGUGGGCUAUUCAUAUGAUCUUCCAGUGGAGGCACAUCAUGCUGUUGUAGACCAUCACGCUUUGGAUAACCAUGCCGUGAUUGAUCAUCACGGCCUUGACCAUCAUACCAUUGUUGAUCAUCAUGCUGUUGAACACCAUCCCGUUUACCACCAUGCCGAUCAUCACACCGCUGUAGAUGUUGUGACCCACGAUGCUGGCCAUCAUGGUGUUGCUGCUUCAGAUGUUCAAAAUGCCCCUGCCGACCAAGUCAUCCAACACGAACCCAUUCAUCAGGUUGAACCCGUUCAUCAUGUCACCAAUGUUGUACAUCACGAACCACAUCACUUCCUGCACUACACCAAUCCCGUUGUUGAUCACCAUGUUGUCCAUCAAAACCAUCACAUCGACGAGCAUCAUCAUGCUGCCGAUUUGCAUCAUACCGAGUUGCACCAAGGAGAUGUUGCUCAUCAGGGAAAUUUUGUUCACCACGCUGACGUCCUUCAUCACGGAGAUGUUCAUCAUGAUGAUAUCGUCCAUCACGGUGAUGUUUAUCAUGCUGGUGUCCACCACGCCGAUGUUCUUCAUCACGAUGAUGUUCUCCACCAUGGUCAUGAUAAUCAUGCCGCUGUUGUCUAUCACGCCAAUGUUCAUGAACAUGCCGCUUUGGUACAUCACGUUAAGCCCGUCUACCAUCAUCACAGCCAUGGUGUUGUUGUGCGUAAAGUUUACCCCUCCAAAUACCACGGCCAUUUCAUUAGCAAAAUUCCAAAAGUUAAGGUUCUUAAGAAGUUCUACUAAAUGUUCUUAAAUUUGACCAAAGAUUAAUUCUAUGCAUUUGAUACCAAAAACAAAAAAAGGCAAAUGACAUACCAAUGUUCUUAUCAUUAUUAUUUUAAAUUAUUUGAAAUUCUUUCAUACGAUUUAGA